AGCUUGAGUCAUGGAAACUAUUUUGGAACAACAGCGUCGCUAUCAUGAAGAACGAGAGCGUCUGAUCAACGAACUAACAAAAGAGAUGCUUUAUCAUGGGACUACACACAAAGAGAAACUUAAUUCAGAAUUUCGCCUGCGAAUGAUGUAUGAUCGUUACUUGGAUCUCACUCAGCAGUUACGUGAUAUGUAUGAAGACAAGGAUGGCAUGAGAAAGUUGGACAUUCAAUCACUUUCUGGCCCUAACGAGUUCAACGAGUUUUACGAGCGCCUUAAACAAGUGAAGGACUUCCAUCGUAGGCAUCCAGAUGAGCCUUGCGUGCCAAUGUCUGUGGAAUUUGAGAGGUAUAAAGAAAUGCGCGAAAAACCAGAAGAAGCAAAUGCUACUCUGAUUGAAUUUACCGAUGAAGAAGGAUACGGUCGUUUCCUGGACAUGCAUGAUGUAUACAAAAAGUAUUUAAAUUUGAAGGGCGUUCCGAGGCUCGACUAUCUGACUUAUUUGUCGUUCUUUGAUCGCCUGUAUGAUAUCUCACGUGACAAGAAGGGCAUCGCUUACAAGGCAUAUCUGGAGGAUUUGUUGAUUUAUCUGGAAGAUUUUCUUUCGCGCGCUCGGCCUGUUAUCGAUUUAAACGAGGAGACUAAGGAAGCGUUAGCUAAAUUUGAAGUGCAAUGGAGCCAAGGUACGUUCCCGGGAUGGGGUCGUGAGGCGGCACCGGCACUCACUCGUGGUGGUGCUCAUCUCGAUCUGACCGCUUUUACCGCGUGGGAAGAGUUGGCCUCACUCGGGCUCGAUCGACUGAAGUCAGCAUUGCUUGCGCUCGGUUUAAAGUGCGGUGGUACGCUGGAGGAGCGUGCUAGACGUCUGUGGGCGACUAAAGGCAGGCAGUUGGACGAACUACCUGCAGACCUGUUUGUGACGAAGCAGAGGUCUACCAAAGGUUUUGCCAAAACUGCAGCAUGGGGUCACGUCCCAGCCGCUCUAAGCGAAAAACAACGCGAAGUCGCGGUGCUUGAGGCGAGGAUCUACCGGGCUAGUGAAUUGCUGAAGGAGAUUCGGGAGGCAACAAUAGAAAACGUUCAGCGUCGUCAGGCUCGCGGAGGUUUUGAACGAGAUGAGGAUGAUGCGGACGCAGACAAAGCCGGUGUCGAUGGUGAUGGUACCGGCGGCGAUGAUGACGAAAAUGACAUUCCUUAUAAUCCGAAAAAUCUUCCCCUCGGAUGGGAUGGUAAACCUAUUCCUUACUGGUUAUACAAAUUACACGGACUCAACAUGUACUACAGCUGUGAAAUAUGCGGUAAUCAGACAUACAGAGGCCCGAAGGCGUUUCAGCAGCAUUUCUCCGAAUGGCGCCAUGCCCACGGUAUGCGCUGUCUUGGUAUUCCAAACACAAUUCAUUUCGCUCACGUGACGAAAAUUGAGGAUGCUCUGGCGUUGUGGCAGCGUAUCCGAACCAUGAAAGAGAGCGAGCGAUGGCGACCGGAUAUUGAAGAGGAAUUGGAGGACUCGACUGGUAAUGUGGUAUCUCGCAAAACGUACGAGGACUUGAAGCGACAAGGACUAUUGUAAAUACGUUGGUCUCCUGGUCUCGCUGUGAAUUUUCUCCAAAUACAAAACGCUUUACAGCCAA